CAACGCAGCGGGCGGAGCGCUGCCGGGUUGCGCGGUGUCCGGGGCCUGUAAGUAGUCGCCGGCUGCGUCGGGCCUGAGCCGAGCAGCUGCGCGACAUCAUGGACACCUCCGGGAAGCAGGCUGAGGCCAUGGCACUGCUGGCUGAAGCGGAGCGCAAGGUGAAGAACUCACAGUCCUUCUUCUCCGGCCUCUUCGGAGGCUCGUCCAAAAUAGAAGAAGCAUGCGAGAUCUAUGCCAGAGCGGCGAACAUGUUCAAGAUGGCCAAGAACUGGAGCGCUGCUGGGAAUGCUUUCUGCCAGGCUGCCCAGCUGCACCUACAGCUCCAGAGCAAGCAUGAUGCAGCCACGUGCUUCGUGGACGCAGGCAAUGCUUUCAAGAAAGCCGACCCACAAGAGGCCAUUAACUGUCUGAUGAGAGCAAUCGAGAUCUAUACUGACAUGGGCAGAUUCACGAUUGCAGCCAAGCACCACAUCUCCAUUGCUGAGAUCUACGAGACAGAGCUGGUGGACGUGGAGAAGGCCAUCGCCCACUAUGAGCAGUCUGCAGACUACUACAAAGGCGAAGAGUCCAACAGCUCAGCCAACAAGUGUCUGCUGAAGGUGGCCGGCUACGCCGCGCAGCUGGAGCAGUACCAGAAGGCCAUCGACAUCUAUGAGCAGGUAGGGACCAGCGCCAUGGACAGUCCCCUCCUCAAGUACAGCGCCAAAGACUACUUCUUCAAGGCGGCCCUCUGCCACUUCUGCAUAGACAUGCUCAACGCCAAGCUUGCUGUUCAAAAGUAUGAGGAGCUGUUCCCGGCCUUCUCGGAUUCCCGGGAAUGCAAGCUGAUGAAAAAACUGCUGGAAGCCCAUGAGGAACAGAAUGUGGACAGCUACACAGAAUCGGUGAAGGAAUACGACUCCAUCUCUAGGCUGGACCAGUGGCUCACCACCAUGCUGCUGCGCAUCAAAAAGACCAUCCAGGGUGAUGAGGAGGACUUGCGCUAGGCCUCCUCCAGCCACCGCCUUCCACCCAUCUGUCAGUCACAGAGUAUGAGGGCCGAGGGGGUGCAGCGCGGGCCACAUCUGCCAGGGCGCCAGACGGGCUCUGCUGGCUGGCUGGUCACCCAAUGCCCGCUGCAUCCCUCACCCUGCCAUUUAUUUAAGCCCCCAAAGGUGUCUUCCUGCCCUGGAAACCACCUGGACGGACUCUCCAAUACAGACCUCUCUGUGUGCAGCAGGAACCUGGGGUCAGCCUCCGGUCCCAUCUCCUUACCAGCUGUGUGCUAAGGCUUUUUCUGUCUCCCCUACCGUGUCCCCCAGCAGAGCUAAGAACACAGGUAGCCCUGAGACCUGCUCUUCCUGGCUGGUGGUGAUCCCUACCCCUGCCCCUACAAUGGCAGCCUCUCAGGUUAGACCCAGCCCUGGAACACACAGGGCCCCACGCCUGCUUCUUACCCGGCAUCCAGGUCUGUCUUGACCUGAAGCUGCAACCAGCCCAAAAAAGACAAUAAAAACCUGCCACUUUUGCAUGA